AAGCGGUUGAUGGGACUUGUCAGGCGACGUCACCGUGUCGGCAGGAGAGGCGUUGGAGAGUUUCGCCCGGUUGUCAUUCCCAAAGGAAGAAGAGGGUGUGAUCGAAAUUUACCUGUCCGGUGUUACCUGGCGCCCUUGUCGUACAUGUCGGUCGUCGAAUAUCCUCUGCCGUAGGACGUCAAACACUGGCUUCACUCAGGAGUAAGACGGAGAAGGCACUGAAGGAUGCUAAGAAGAUCCUGACUCGUGGCCCCAAUAUGAGUGUGACAUCAUGGUUCCUGGUCAGCAGCUCUGGCACACGCCACCGGUUGCCACGGGAGAUGAUCUUUGUUGGCCGGGACGAUUGCGAGCUAAUGCUGCAGUCUCGCAGCGUGGACAAACAGCACGCGGUGAUCAACUACGACACAAACACAGACGAGCACAUGGUGAAGGACCUGGGCAGCUUGAACGGGACAUUUGUGAACGACUUAAGAAUCCCAGACCAGACGUACAUCACCCUCAAGCUCUCUGAUGUCAUUCGUUUUGGCUAUGAUGCUCAUGUUUAUAUCCUCGAGAAGAGUCAACACAAAGUCCCAGAGGAAGCUCUAAAACAUGAGAAGUACACCAGCCAGCUGCAGCUUAGUAUAAAAGCCCUGGAGGCCAAGGCAAAGGAAAAACAGCAGCUCCAGAGCUCAGAGAAGAGCAAAGUUUCUGUUUCCAAUGUCAAACUGCAAGACAAGGCUGAGAGAAGAGCCCACUCACUCACAGCUGCCACAGAUUCUCCGAUAUCCAAGCCUACUCCUCUCUAUGGCCAGCCGUCCUGGUGGGGGGAGGAUGAGGACCCAGCCAACAGAAAGGAGAACAGAGGUGGAAAAUCGCCAGGAGAGGAGUCUCCAGAGCCUGCUAAAGAUGUGUCCACAUAUGAGGUCAAUGGUUCUCUGUCCGACAGUCAGGCCAAGUCUAUUUUCUCCUACCGCCGGGAGCCAAGCUACUUUGAGAUCCCAACAAAGGAAUCCCAGCCGCGACCUGCCAAGAAACCUGAGUCGCAGGUUCACGAGGUUCACGAGGUUCCCACAAAGGACACUCCAGAUCCCAGUCAAUGUGUGUCCUCCACCCCAACACCUCCUGUGGUCCAAAGCCAUGCCUCCUUCACCAUCGAAUUUGAUGAAUGCACGCCAGGUAAAAUGAAGAUUAAGGACCACGUGACCAAGUUUUCUUUCCGCCAGCAGCGCAAGCUGCCUUCCACAGAGGCUGUCACUACACCUACUGAGGUGAUGUCAGCGGAAAGCAAAGUAGCUGAUUGGCUGGUCCAAAGCAAUGCUAGCAUGAUGAGGAGGAGGUCACAGGCUGAAGACAUGUAUAGCACAAACAGUGACCCAUCACUUAAUAUCACCAGGGGCCCUGACGAUGGCACUCACAGUGAUUCAAGAGAUGUUGAGAUCAAUGGAAAUGAUUUUCUCCAAUCGCAACCUCAGACUGGGUCGCAGGUGUCUCCACAACCCCUGAGAGCAUCCCCGCCACAACGCUAUGCCUCCCCCAACUCUGAGGAGCCCACGUCCUACUCUCCACCCGAGUCUCAGUCUCUAUCCAGCCUUGGCAAGGCUGAGCCUCACCAAGCCUUUGUCAUUGAAUUCUUUGAUGAUAACCCCAGAAAAAAGCGCUCCCAGUCCUUCACCAAUAACACAUGCCCACCUGAACCCUCAGCCCUCAAGGUCCAGCUGGAGAAGGCAAGGAAAAGCGCAAGCCCAACUGGGGAGAGACAAGUCCCGUCUCCAGCCUCCACCACUCCCCCAACCCAACGAUACACCGUCCCCCUGAAGGGCCCUGCUUCCACAGGGCCUCAAAGAGCUGGCUCUCUACGGAGGGAGAAGACGGAGGACCGGAUCAGCACCAGCUUUUCCUCUCGCUCUUCAUCAUCUGUGUCUGUAAGGCCCUUCAGCAGUGUGGGCCGGAGAUCCAAACUUGCCCAGGAAUUCACUGCUGAAUUCCUCAAACAAUCAAAGCAGUCCUCUUCUGCCAGCUGGGAGAAAAACACAUCUUGUCCCCCUACAGCAGCUAAAACAGAGACAGUGGUAGAUUCCCAAACUCCAUCUAACUCUCCCCAAAAGCAACAGACAUCCUCUCCUAUCCACCAGCCUGUUCCCCUUAAGGCCCCUGUGAUGCCCCUGGCGUCUCAGAGUGUGGAAGUCAAGAGCCCCCAUGUCGGCCUCAAACACGAAGAGGAGGACAGUCUGAGUGAUGCAGGAACCUACACCAUUGAAAUGGAUAUUCAGGAUAGAGAGCUAGAAGAGGCACGGAGUAAGAUUGACCAGGUGUUUGGUGUUUUUGAGAGCCCAGAGCGAACCAACCAGAGUGAAGCAGAAACAUCAUCAGCAUUUAGGCCUGUUAUUGUUCAGAGCAGGGAGCAGCAUAGACAGAGUAGCGGUGGGGAGGUGAGGCCAGCUCCAGAACAGGGACAGAGUCUGGUGAAGGUUCAACCAGCAGGUGCAAUGUUACAGGGGGCUCCUAAGUGGAUGUCUUGCUGGGCCAGCUUGGCAGACAGCUACACAGAAUCUGGCCCUGCGUCUGGCCUCUUUGACGUUCCUUCCCAGAUGGAGCUGUCAGGAGGGGCACGAGGCACAAUCAUCCACAAGGCCACCCUCAGUCAACAGCACGACAGCGGCAACUCUGAUGGUUCAAGAGCUCGGCGCGUCCUGCCCCAGGUACCUGUGGGGGAGAAGAGUGACAUUCCAACUCCCAGCAUUCAUGUUCAUUAUGACCUGCACUCAACAUUUGAUGUAGGAGAAAAUAGCCUGGUGACCCCCAAGUCUCUGGAUAGCCAUCACAGAUUGUCAGUGCAGGACGACGUAGAGCCUGACAGCUUGAGCGACGCCAGCAGGUCAGAUGAUGGUUCUAUCAUAGAGCAAAGGAGGAGACCGCUGUCAGACACAGAAGAGAAGAAGAAAAAUGAGGACAAACUCCGACUCCCAGCCAAGUCUACAUCAUUCUACAUCGGGUCAGAGGAGGCUCCGUCCAAAGCUGACAACGAAGACUCAAAACCAAGCACUCCUAAGACUGAAAGAAAACAUGGAACCAAACCUUUCUCUACAGCCACCCUGACCAAACCUAGACUUAACCAAGACUCUGGAAAAGUCAAGCCCAAUAUGUCUGCUCCUGUCCUGGGCCAGGGCAGACAGAGUCCAGAGUCCAAAGAGGGCACCACAUCCCCAUUAAUCAGACAGGAGAGUUUCACCAAGGAGCGGCCUAGCAAUGCCAGAUUGCCCAACAUCUCUAGCCAGCGUGUUCAAAAAGACCCAGACCCCGAGUCAUUCCAGGGAGGGGACACUCAUUCUUACCUCAAAGAGACGGAGAAUGUUCUGGCUGUUCUGGAGGCCAAACUCCAAGCAGGACAAUUAGAAACAACACCGUCGCCAAUAAUGGACUCGCUUUCUGGAGAGUCUGAUGUGGAUACCUCCAGCACAGUCAGCCAACAUAGCAGUAAGACAAGGCCAAACACACUGACUAAAAAAACUUCAGUUAGUGGCCUUCAUAGGGAGAGGUCCUCCGCCAGUAUAGCUAGUCAAGAUUCCGUUCACCUGUCCAGUACAUCAGAAAAGUGGCGCUCUAAGGGACCAGACAGCAACAGUAAGACUGAGUCUGUCAGGAGACCUGUUGGGCUGAGACGUAGUGUUGGGAAAUGUGGCUCCACAGACCUAAGUGAUGACCCGCAGAGCUUACCUUACUCUGAUCAGGAGUCUAACAACCACCAAACCCGCAAAAAGUACUCAGUACCCUUACAGAAGGAAGACGGCAAGACAUCCAGAGUGUCCCAGGCCUUAACUCGUGCCAACAGCUUGUCGGCCCCAAGACCCACCAGAGCAUCCAUGCUCCGACGGGCUCGCCUGGGAGAAGCUUCGGACAACGAGGGCACGGAGACCGACAGGCUGUCCCAGGAGGCAGGCAGCGGCUCGGCAAAGCAACCCCAGGAAACCAAGAAACAACUCUCCAGGCUGGAUAUGCUGGCGAUGCCUCGUAAGCGGACAAGCUCAUUCAACACACCCAGCGACACAGAGGCCUCCUGCACCCCACAGGGGACGGGCAGGAGCACAGGAUUCUCCAACCGCAGCACAGAGUCUUGCGGCAGCUCAGUUCGAAGGGCCUCUGCUCCGGGCCCGAAGCCUGUAGAAAGGCCACAGAAAGCAGCGCUCAACAAGACACCAAUCACUCGUGGACGUUCAAGCAGUGCCAAAUAUGCCAGCAGCACUGCAAGCUCCAGGAGACGACAGAAAGGCUCUGACUAUACCUCUACCUCAGAUGAGGAGUACGACUCAAACCAGAGCACUCCUAAACACAAACGCUCCCAACCUUCCUCAGCUUCCCAUAGCCCACGCAGUCAGCCACGGCCUCGGCCGGUGGUCGCCCUGCAACAGAAAGCCCGCAGCAGAGAUUCUGAGGACGAGAAUCAUGAAGGAGACGCCCUCCACAACUGGUCCAACCACAGUGCUGAGAUUGCACGGUUGAGUCAAGACCUGGCUAAAGACCUAGCUAUCUUGGCCAGAGAGAUCCAUGACGUGGCAGGUGAUGGUGAUCCACAAAACUCUGGACUGGAGACCAGUGCACCCAUCUCCACAGUGACCACUCACGAAGAGCUGAUUCAUCAUAUUCCAGAGGCUGGAUUAAACUACCAGAGAGUCCCACCCAGUUCUGCAUCCACAAGGGAACCUGACCAGAGUUCGAGUGACCAUGAACAGCCCUCAAGGCCGCGAGCUCGGAGCAGAGACGAGGUGAUGGUGGACAAUCUGAUGCUGAAUCCUGUGUCUCAGAUAAUCAUGGCCAUCAGAGAAAACACUGAGCAACUUGCUGACAAAAUUAAGGUCCUGUUCCAGGACAGGAUGGAUAUCUGGCAAGACAUUGAGGCCAAGGUUAAUUCUGACAAUGAUGUUCCUGUCGUCAAAACCUCCAACAAGGAAAUCACAUCUAUCCUGAAAGAACUCAGGAGAGUUCAACGACAGCUUGAGUUGAUUAACACAGUCAUUGAGCCCAGUGGGCAGCCUGAAGCAUCCAAGGCGUCAGCCUCCUCAUCAUCUGGAGUUCGGCCCUCCAGACCUCCUUCCUCAAGAGACUUUAGAACAGUCCACUCUGUGUCCAAGCGUGGCGGCGGCCCGAGGCCCAGUGAGAGUGUCAGGAGAGCAGCUGUGACACCAGACGAUCUCAGACAGGGAUAUUUGGUUUGAGGUGUGACACAAACACGCAGGUUCCAUAAGCGGCUGAACAUCUGCUGAAACCCCCAAAAACCCCAUGAAACCGAGAAAGGAGGAAGUAAUAUGCAGAACUGAACUGUAGCCUUCUGUAGAUCCAAACAUAAACACUACUGCACUAUGAGCACCUAGACAGAGGAGCCUGCACUAAACGCCCUUAAACCACGCUCGUGGGAGGCUGACAUAUGAGGCGAUGAUUUAGGGAAGUACCAAAAUACUUCAAUAAAUCUCCCAUUCACCUCUGACAGGCCUCAACACUAUACUUGAUCCUGUUUGUGUUAAGAGGACGGCCUCUUUAUUUGCCAAUGAUACGGCCAACAUUGCUGAUUUUGAAAGCUCUUUGUAAUUACUUGACCUGAGCGUUACCAUCUCAGGGAAGAUCUCUAUCUUUAAUAGUGGCAAAUUGAUAUAAUUGAUAUUUGUUUUGAGUAGAAAGAACUGCAGUGACCUUGCAGAUCUUAAUGUACUGUGUACUUGUAUCCUCAGUGAACCCACUGCAUUUCCUUAUAUAUCUUUCCAUGUUUUUGUCUUUUUAGCCACUUUUAUGUUUGUGGACCAGAUUUAUCGAAGAAUGUAAAAAGUAUUUAUUGGGGGUCUUUUGUGAGACGCUGUAACCAAGACAACAUGACUUUGCCAGACCAAUUAAUGUUAUAUUACACCGUUGCUACCACACAGUUUCUUUUGUAUUUAUUCUGGUAACAUUUCCCAGUGGAGCGACUCAGUCUAUGCUCCUCUCAGUAGAUGAACACUAUAUUUUGUCCAAGUGGAGAUGAAAAUCCCUCAGGAAUGUGUGGUCCGACUGGUAGGAGGGGCUCAGCCCAUAGUUUAGUCACCUAGCAACCACAAACUCAAGUGGCUAUAAAACAAGAGUUUUCCAGCAUUCCUUUGUACUUUCUGAAAAGUGUGUUUUUAUUUAUUACAGCGGGAGGUUUGAAACUUGGUUUUUGUUUUCCACGUCUGAAGAGCACAGUUAGCUCUAUGGUUGGUGGCCAGAAGACAAUCACAAAUAACAUCAUCUGUGUUUGUACCAUCACACUACACUUAAACCUCUAUAUGCUUAAUCAGAGCACUGUGUACGAUGUGUUAUUUCCUCAAUCUCUCGAGUCACAAGAUCCCUUCUGAUGGGUCCUCACAGUACAAGAGAGGCAUUGUAAUUUCAGCGGUUAAAGCUGUCGGUGGUGUGAAACUGUAAACCUGAUCAUUAGUUUGUCACAUUCUGUUGUUCAGUAUGUAAAUAUCUAGAGAUAUUUCUAUGUCCUACAAAUUACCUCUCAAUCUUGUCUUUUGCACUAAUGUAGUAAAACAUUAUCGCGUCAACCUGAUACGCUGCAAACUGAAAGCUUUUACUCUCCUGCGAAAGAUUGUAAACAUUUGAUGCUGUGGUUGCUUGAAGCAGGAAACAAAGCGACCCAGUGCACCAGCAACUUUCCCCUCUUCCCAGUCCCGACUGUACAUGUGACUUGUGACUGGGAAGUACCUGUAAGUGCCACAGAGCUGUGUGGGAUGAUGUUUCAGUGGUUGUUUACAAACUCGAGCAAAAAUUGAAUGUUUAUCCUCUUGCUCAAAUUAUUGCUGCUAUUCUUCUUCUAUGGGAUAGUUUUUCCCCGUUGCUUUACUCCACCUAAGUCAAAGCUUCAGCACGUUUGAGAGCUGAAAAGUAAUUCUUGUUUGUCAAAUUUGUGUCCCCUUGUUUUGAUAUUCAACUCAUGCUUCCCCCUCCUUCCACCCAGGAUGAUUUGGAUGUAAUCUUGCUGUCUUGUUAGCUGGUAUUUAUGUUCAGUUAUUUGUGUAAUUUGUUAGCUGAUGAUUUCAGGUUUUUCAAAUAAAUUUGAUAAGCAAAACUUG